GCGCCGCGGAGCGCUGGGGCGGUGAGAGCAGCGCGGUGUUGAGUGCAGGCGGGCUUCGCCGAGAAAGCCGGACUCGGCCGGCGCCGGGUUCUGGGAUCGCCGCCUGCAGCCAUGACCCUAGCAGUCCGUCCCUCUGCCCCGGCUCCGGGCGUCUGAUACCCCUCAAAGUCUCGUCCAGCUUCUGGAGAGGCGGCCGCUGCCCCCUCGUCGCCCUUGGCGCCUUACCGGACUCCCUAUCCGGAGCUGGGAAGCAGCGCGGCCACCGGCGCCCCCGUGCAAACUGGGGGUGUUUGCUGGAGCAGACCCCGCCGCUGCUGCCCGCGGCUCUGGCCAUGGCCUGGCGGGGCACAGGGCCGAGCGUCCCGGGGGCGCCUGGAGGCGUCAGGCUGGGGCUACUGCUGCUGCAGUUGUUCCUGCUCCUGCGGCCGGCACUGGGCUUCGGGGACGAAGAGGAGAGGCGCUGCGACCCCAUCCGCAUCGCCAUGUGCCAGAACCUCGGCUACAACGUGACCAAGAUGCCCAACCUGGUGGGACACGAGCUGCAGACGGACGCCGAGCUGCAGCUGACAACUUUCACGCCGCUCAUCCAGUACGGCUGCUCCAGCCAGCUGCAGUUCUUCCUUUGUUCGGUUUAUGUGCCAAUGUGCACAGAGAAGAUCAACAUCCCCAUUGGCCCGUGCGGUGGCAUGUGUCUCUCCGUCAAGAGGCGAUGCGAACCCGUCCUGAAAGAGUUUGGUUUUGCCUGGCCAGAUAGCCUGAACUGCAGCAAGUUCCCACCCCAGAAUGACCACAACCAUAUGUGCAUGGAAGGACCUGGCGAUGAAGAGGUGCCCUUACCUCACAAAACCCCCAUCCAGCCAGGAGAAGAGUGCCACUCUGUGGGAACCAAUUCCGAUCAGUACAUCUGGGUGAAAAGGAGCCUGACCUGUGUUCUCAAGUGUGGCUACGAUGCUGGCUUGUACAGCCGCUCAGCCAAGGAGUUCACAGAUAUUUGGAUGGCGGUGUGGGCCAGCCUCUGUUUCAUCUCUACCACCUUCACCGUGUUGACCUUCCUGAUCGAUUCGUCCAGGUUUUCUUACCCUGAGCGCCCCAUCAUAUUUCUCAGUAUGUGCUAUAAUAUUUAUAGCAUUGCUUAUAUUGUUCGGCUGACUGUAGGCCGGGAAAGGAUAUCCUGUGAUUUUGAAGAGGCGGCAGAACCUGUUCUCAUCCAAGAAGGCCUUAAGAACACAGGAUGUGCAAUAAUUUUCUUGCUGAUGUACUUUUUUGGAAUGGCCAGUUCCAUUUGGUGGGUUAUUCUGACUCUCACUUGGUUUUUGGCAGCAGGCCUCAAGUGGGGUCACGAAGCCAUUGAGAUGCACAGUUCUUAUUUCCACAUCGCAGCCUGGGCGAUCCCUGCAGUGAAAACCAUUGUCAUCUUGAUUAUGAGACUAGUGGAUGCCGAUGAACUGACUGGCCUGUGCUAUGUUGGGAACCAAAACCUAGACGCCCUCACUGGCUUCGUGGUGGCUCCGCUCUUUACUUAUUUGGUGAUAGGAACUCUGUUCAUUGCAGCGGGUUUGGUGGCCUUAUUCAAAAUUCGGUCAAAUCUUCAAAAAGAUGGGACAAAGACCGACAAGUUGGAAAGGUUAAUGGUCAAGAUCGGGGUUUUCUCUGUCCUGUACACGGUUCCUGCCACCUGUGUGAUUGCCUGUUACUUCUAUGAAAUCUCUAACUGGACGCUCUUUCGGUAUUCUGCAGAUGACUCUAAUAUGGCUGUUGAAAUGUUGAAAAUUUUUAUGUCUUUGCUCGUGGGCAUUACUUCAGGCAUGUGGAUUUGGUCUGCCAAAACCCUUCACACAUGGCAAAAAUGUUCUAACCGAUUGGUGAAUUCUGGGAAGGUAAAGAGAGAGAAGAGGGGGAACGGUUGGGUGAAGCCGGGGAAAGGCAAUGAGACUGUGGUCUAAGACUAGCCAGCUUCUACGCUUUCCUCAUGUUGGGGGGAAUUACGCGGUGAAUCUCAGUUUGAACGAACUAGAAACACUUAAUUUAAGCACCCCCACUGUCGGCCCAGCACCCCUCACCACACCCAGCCUCAUAAAAGCGAUGGUUCUGCUGCAGACGUUGGAACGAUCCAAGAUGGGAAGCCAGUGAGAGGCUUUCAAAGCUGUGAAAAAUCAAAAUGUUGAUCCCUUUUAGCAGGUCGCAGCUCGGAGUGCUGAGGUCCUGCUUAAGUUCCCUGUUUACCCCUACUGGGUGGGAUUUCAGCUGUGAGUUGAGAACUCGCAUGGAGAAAGAUUAAUUUUUUUAAAAAAAAACUCUUUUAAAUUUUAAAUAGUAACUAGGUCUUUCAGAUAGCCAAGUGAUCUAUAAACACUGGAAACACUGGGGCGGGAGACGUGUUGCAGGGUUUGAUAGUUUGGCUGGUCUAACAUAAACAUCUUGUGGCCUACACGGUCUGCUGUUUGGAACUCUGGAGCGCACUCCCAAGAGGUGGUGUCAAAAUCCUUCAGUGCCUUUGUCGUAAAACAGAAUUGUUUGAACAAACAAAAGUACUGUACUAACACACGUAAGGUAUCCAAUGGAUUUUUUUUCUCUCUCUCUUAAAUUUCAGCAUCCCUAUUCUAGGCAGCCCCUCCCUCUUUUCUUCACUUUACACUAAUGACUCAAAAAAAAUAUUUUUAUAGGAAUUUUUUUUUUUUUUUUUUUUUUU